UUUUCAUGAUGAUUAACAAUUCAAACAAUUACAACAAUUACUACCAUGUAAUAAUAAUAUUCAGCCUUGUACAUGAGACAUGGUAACUAACAACAAUAAUCCCCUUUAAUCAAAGAGUAAUCAUCAAUAAUCAACAAACGAAAUGGAUGAUAACUGUUACAUCAUCAGGUUUCAUUUUCCCUCCCAGAGAUUCAGUUUUACCCUUUUUCUUAUCAUUCAAGAACUUUUAUCUUCCACUUUCUCUGUCUGUCUCUCUUUCUCUCUCUCAGAAUUCAUGAUAAUCAUCAGUUCCAAGUGAAGGUUAUACACUGAGUCGCCUGUUAUUAUUUCAUCACCUUUUCUUUUUUUGGGUUAUCUCCACUUACUGAACCAGAAUUUUUCUCUGUCUAUUUGUUUCUCUUCCUCUUUCUAUGUUUCCAUCCUUUCUCCCUGCGCAGGGCUGACCUGGAUUCUAUGGGCUAAUCUUGAGAGAGGAAAGUGAAACUGUUUUCAUUUCACUCUUUAUUUACAUCUCUCACUAUCAGUGUUUUACAAUUAACUAAUUGUUGGCCAUCAUUUUAUUUUCUCCUCUCAUCUUAUAUUCUAAUUUCCACUACGAGAACAGAUUAAUCCUUUAAUCACUUUGUUUCUGUGGUGGUGGUGGUGGUGAUUUAUUUGAUUCUCUUGAGUUUCUAAUUUUCUUUUGUCAAAUUGUUCGGUGUUUUUUUCUUCUUCCUCCUCACAAAUCGUUAAUUCUUACAAAUCUGAUCUGACUUGGUUUCCAUCUUAUUUGUCAAUUGUUCAAUCAAAUAUUUUAAUCAUCAAUCGAUUAGAUUUAAAUCAAUUGAAAGUAUUUCAUCAUGUCUUUACUACCGAAAACCCCAUCAUUACAAUCUGACCUUUCACCGGAGGAAAGAUUAGCUCGAGUUAACUCAAUAACUUCAGGACUCGAAUUGAAUGACGAUAAAUUGAAAUACAUCAUGAAUUUACUGGAAACUGAAUUCAAUCAAGGAUUAUCUAAUGAGAAUGAUGCAACAAUUAAAAUGUUACUCACUUAUGUUCGAGAUAUUCCCAAAGGUAAUGAGGUCGGUAUGUACAUGGCCCUUGACCUUGGUGGUACCAAUUUCCGAGUGUUAACUGUUGCCCUUGAUGGUUCUCGAGCAUCAAUUGACACGGAAACCUGUGAGAUUCCCGCUAAAGUAAUGAUUGGCUCAGGUCGUGAUCUUUUCGACCGAAUCGCUGAUUGUGUUUACAUGUUUAUCCGUUCGAGAAACAUAACGGUACCUGUGCUACCAAUCGGGUUUACUUUUAGUUUCCCAUUGAGACAAGAAGGACUCGCCUCGGCUAAACUGAUCCGUUGGACUAAAGGUUUCAAGUGUACCGAUGUUGUUGGUGCCGAUGUUGUCGCUCUCCUCCGUGAGUCACUUGAAAAACGUAAAGGUGAUUGUAAGGUAAAGUGUGAGGUAGUUGCGGUCAUUAAUGAUACCACCGGAACUUUAAUGUCCUGUGCUCAUCGUAAUCGUGAAUGUAGAGUUGGACUGAUUGUCGGCACGGGUACAAAUCUUUGUUACAUGGAGAAACUUUCUCGAAUCCCUAAAUGGAAACCGCCCAAGGGUGAUGAUGAGAAACCUCGAAUUGCGGUCAACUGUGAAUGGGGUGCUUUCGGUGAUAAUGGAGUGUUAAAUGAGAUUUUAACGGAUUUCGAUCGUCAGGUUGACGCGAAUUCACUUAAUCAGGGAAUGCAGAUCUUUGAGAAAUUAAUCUCUGGUAUGUAUCUUGGUGAACUUGCCCGUCUAGUGCUUUUACACCUUCACCGACAGGAUCUUCUUUGUCCUGGUGUUCCGGUUCCAAGUAUGUUGGUGGUCAAGGGCGGAUUCUCAGCGAAACAUUUAUCUCGAAUCGCUUCCCGCCGAGAAGAUUCAAUUUACAAAGUUUUCACCAAAAUUGAGACCAAAGAUUUUGAUUCGGUUGAUGUUGAUAUAGUGAAACAUGUCUGUGAUCUGGUCGCUGAAAGAGCCUCAAGACUCGUGGCCGCUGGACUAUCGGUGGUACUCAAUCGUCUUGGACGAGAAAAAAAGACAACCAUUGGCUACGAUGGGUCAGUAAUGAGAUUUCACCCCUUCUUCCGGAAACGAGUUGAACAAAAGAUCAAAGAUUUGUGCAGAUUUCCAUUUGACCUCAUGUUGUCCGAAGAUGGGUCAGGUCGAGGUGCUGCCUUAGUCGCCGCUAUUGCUUGUAAAAACUUUGACCCAAAGAUGAAAAUCUAGAGAGGCAAACAAAUCGAAAAAGAAAACAAAAAACCCGAAUGUCCAUCUUAUCAUCUUUUAUCAUUUCUCUCAUUCUCCUUCUCUUCUUUUCUUCCUCAUCAAUUCGAGAAUUUUGAUUUUCCCUUUCGAUUUUUAGUUCAAAUUGUCAUUCUAAUCAUUUUGUCGUUUACAAUUUUGUGCAAUUGAUUAUUAGUCAUGAAAACGCGAAUCAACCAAUAGCCAACACCGAAACACACACGCACUCAUCACCCAAACAUCAACAAUCAACAAACAACGAAACUCAUUAACUAACUAAUUAAGAUUAUCAUCAAUUACCUUUGAAUGCCAAUUAGCUUGUUGAAACAAUUUACAAUCAUCAUCAUCAUCAUUUGACAAUUAGCAAAAAUUACCGUUAGGUUAAAAUUACAAUUACUAACAUCUAAUUAUGGUGAUGAUGAUAAACAAAUGAUUAUACUAAAAAUGAUAACAAUUAGUUAAUUCAAUUUAAAAGGUUAACCUGCCUGAUGAUUGCCCUUUUUUUACAAUAAUCAAAUACAUAAAUAGAUGAUUAUGAUUAUUUUCAUCAUCGUUUUUAAUUGUAAUAAUGAUGAUGACGAUGAUCACAUGGUUUGGUUGUUAAUUAACUAAUUACUUGCGUUUUUUUUUGCAAUUUCAAAUCCAACAAAAACUAUUUUAAAAGAUAUAUUAAUUGUAAUUGUAAUUAGAAAAACAAAUUUGUAACUUAUAUUAACUAAUUGCUUUUAAUUGAAACACUAGAAAAUGAAAAAACAACGAUUAAUUUUAACAAUUAAUCUGAUUGCAUAUAAUUAACUGCUGAUACUUUUAUUGGGUUAAUUGUGAUUGACUUAAUUGUCACCUAAUUCAUCAGUAAUUCAUUGAUAAUAUUAUUGUAUUUAUCGAGAUUGAAGUUAAUUUUUAAUUCUUCCUCUUAAUUUAAUUUCUAUUUUAAUUGUUAACUUGAUUGUGUUUCCAUCAAUUGAUAAUUGUAAACCUGUUGUCCUUUAAUUGUUUUUAAUUUAAUUUAAAUAAUUUAGUCAUAAAUUAUUUUCCCUUUUCA